CUCUCCUGUUAGCCACACUGGUGAAAUCCCAGACACAUCUAGGCCUACCUGUGCUAGUUUUCUAUAGUGUUUUAGUAUUUUAACAGUAGCAGUGAUGCCGAAGAAGAAGGUCACCAAAGUAAAGAGGGCGAAAGCAGGGGUAGGCAAGAAAGACGGCAAACAGGACUCAAAGGCGGAGAAAGAGUCUGAUAUCGAGAAAGCCAAAGCCAACGCUGCCCUGUGGGAGCUGAGGUUAAAGGCCUCCGAGCAGUCGCUCAGCGAAUACCGCGAGGCUUCCCGCAAGUUGGCACGCGCUAACCAAGAGCUCACCGACCACCUGUACCGCGCGGAGAAGGACUCCAUCGAUAUAACUGGUUUCCUGAAGAGAGAAAAUGCAGCUAAAGAGGAGAAGAUCAAUAUGCUGCAGAGGAGCCUCAAAAGUCAGGACGCACGUGCACGUGAGGAGCAAAAGAAACUGGUUGAUGAUUACACGAUUCAAAUCAAUGAGAUGAAGGAACUGUUCAGAAAGAAAUCCAGAGAUUUUAACAUGAUCCAGGAUGGGAUGAGGGAAAUCGAGGCGUUUCAGAAGAAGAAAGCCCAGAUGGAACAAGAACUCAUUGAUAUUAGAGAAAACAUGGAUGUUACCGACAAGGAGCACAGGGAAAACCUAAACAAAUUGGAGUACAGAUUCUUCAAAGAAAAGGAUCGCCUGGAGAAGGAAGCCGAGCAAACGAUAACCGUGGUGGUGGAGAGGGCCCACAAUGAGGCAAUUGUGCAGUUGGAUGAUGCCUCACACUCUGUGUUCAAGGAGAACGUCCGUCUCAAUGAAGCACUGAAGUUUCACAUUAAGGAGGCAGAGGACCUGCAGAUAUUGACAAAUUCAUUGGUCAAGGAAAAUGCCUCCCUGGCACUGGACAAGAACACGUUUGAGUUGACAGUGAAGAAAAAUGCAGCUCAGAUGGAGGCCCAAAAUAAGGAGCUAUCUAAACUGCGGGCCAAGGUAGCUUCCCUGGAGCAGGCCCUAGAGCUAAAAGCUGGAGAGCUUGACCGAGAGGAGAAGGAGGAGAAGGAGAAGACACUGGUCAGCAUCCAGGCCAGCCAGGUAGAGCUGGAGAAGCUGCAGAAAGUGCUCUCCAUGCGGGAGAGGGAAUUGGGGCACAUAAAGCGACUAGCGAAAACCAUCAUAGAGCAGCGCACGGAGCUGGAGCAAUUCUUCCAUGAGACACUGGCUCAGGUGAAGCAGGAGAUCAUGGCCAGCAGGCUGCAAUACAAAAAGGAGGCAGUGCAGGCUUAUCGCUGGAGGCUGAAGGAAGCCACAGCAGGAAAACUCAAAUUCCCACCCAUCCGCACAUUUCAUAAAAGCCCCCACAGUACCAACUCUGUCUACUCAGACAUGGAGGCGGCUGCAAGGUGGACUCAUCAACCAGACAGCAAAGUUGAAAUCUCAGAUCUCACUUGGGAGCAGAAAGAACAAGUGCUCAGACUACUCUUUGCUAAAAUGAAUGGACGCAGGGAAAGGAAAGCCAGCCAACAUCUGGCUUUGUCCACCUUCUCUGAGAAGAAGAGCCUUAUUGACAGCGAAGCUGCCGGAAUUAGAGAGGAGCUCUCCCCGGCGACCUUCAUCACCCAGGCGCCUGAGUCCGUUCUGCCCUCGAACCCAAACAGCCGGCCGGAUAUACACACCACAUGACCUCUGUGCGGCCUCUGCAUUGCACAUCACACUCUGGAUUGUUUGCCCCUGCUUUGUGCGCUUCCCGCAGGGUGUCAAUCAUGUGCAUAGUAGAAUGCGAGAUGUUUGUUUGUGUUCAUAAAUAUCUUACCAUGGAUGUAUACAUGGCUUGUGAAUACUCUGUCAUACACGAAACUUGUUUAAAUUCGGUCACAACCCACUUAAAGGAGCUGUUCCCUCAAAACAAAACACAAAGUGCUGAUACUAAAACAUAAUAUACAAGAUCUCUAGGCAACAGAGGUGUGGACUCGAGUCACACAACUUGGGAGUCAAAAUUAAC